AAGAGUAAAAGAGAAAAGAACAGAAAAGCAAAGAAACGCAAAGAAAAUUGUAGCCGCCAACUGUGGAUCAAAAAUCAAACUCGACUUGACCUUGACCUUGGCUUUCUUACCUGUUUAUCUCACUAUUGUUUGUCAUUUGACUCAUUUCUCAGAUCUGAACCACUGCAUUCCAUAGCCCUUCAAUCACUCCAAUGAAGCCAUCGUCAUCAUCCUCAUCGCCGCCUCCGCCGCCGCCACUGCCGCCACUGCCUCCGCUGCCGCCGCUGCCGCCGCUGCCUCCGCUGCCGCCACUGCCGCCACUGCCGCCGCCGCCGCCAUCCCCAUGGCUGUCCUACGAUCUGUUCUUGAGCUUCAGAGGUGAAGACACACGAAGGACCUUCACGGACCACCUCUACGCGGCACUAGUUCGUGCGGGAGUCAGCACGUUUAGGGAUGCCGAGGGUCUAAGAAGGGGAGAAGACAUAGCAACGGAAUUGGUGCGGAUAAUCCAAGGGUGUAGGAUCUCUCUCAUCGUCUUCUCAGAAAAUUACGCGGAUUCGAGUUGGUGUCUCCAGGAGCUGGUACACAUCAUGGAGUGUAGAAAAACACAAAGGCAACGGGUUUUCCCAAUAUUCUAUCAUGUCGAUCCUUCACAUGUCAGAAACCAGACCGGUAUCUUUGCUCAUGCGUUUGAGAAACAUGAAGCCAGAGUACAUCAAGGUAGAGAUAAGAUAGCUAGGUGGAGAGCUGCUCUUGGAGGAGUGGCGGAUUUGGCUGGCUUCGAUAUUGCUGAUAGGCAUGAAGCAGAGUUUAUCAAUAGCAUUGUUGACGAGAUAUGCAGACAGCUGACCACCCCAUACUUGAAUUUAGCUCUCUACCCAGUUGGAAUAGAGUCUCGUGUUGAAGAUAUUAGUAAGUGUUUAGGUGUUGGAUUAGAUAAUGAUGUUCGCAUGGUUGGAAUUUGGGGUAUGGGUGGAAUUGGGAAAACAACAGUUGCCAAAGCCAUCUAUAACAAAUUUUAUCAUGACUUUGACAGUAGAAGUUUCCUAGCAGAUGUUAGGGAAACAGCAAAGGACUCAAGUGGCAAGAUUGCUUUGCAAGAAAGACUUCUUUCUGAUCUCUUAAAACCAGCCAAGAUAGUGGUAGGUGAUGUUUCCAGAGGCAUCAAUGUGAUAAGAGAACGACUUGGAGGCAAAAAGGUACUUGCCAUUGCUGAUGAUGUAGAUCAUGAGGACCAAUUGCAUGCAUUGGCAAUAAGGCGUGAUUCCUUUGGUCCGGGAAGUAGAAUAAUUAUAACAACAAGAGAUCGACAUUUGCUAGAGCUGCUGAAAGUGGAUACAAUACAUCUAACUCAAGAAAUGAAUGAAGAAGAAGCUCUUGAGCUCUUCAGUUGGCAUGCCUUUCAAAAUAUUUCUCCUAAUGAAGACUAUAUCGAACUCUCAAGAAGAGUGGUUACUUACUGUGGAGGUUUACCACUGGCUCUUGAAAUUUUAGGGUCUUUCCUCUUUGGAAGGAGCAUAGGAGAUUGGAAUAGCACACUGAAGAAAUUGGAAAAAUUUCCUGAUGGCAAAAUUCAGUCAAAGCUCAGAAUAAGCUUUGAUGCACUUGAGGAGAGGCAGAGGCACAUAUUCCUCCACAUAUGUUGUUUCUUCAUUGGAAUGGACAAAAACCAUGUCAUAAAAAUACUUGAGGGCUGUGGUUUUUCUCCAGAAAUAGAAAUCAGUGUCCUCUCUGAACGUUGCCUUGUAACUGUCAAUGAAAAAGACAAGGUAAUGAUGCAUGAUUUGCUUCGAGACAUGGGCAGAGAAAUUGUUCGUGAAGAAUCCCCGAACUACCCUGAAAGACGUAGUAGAUUGUGGCGUCAAGAAGAUGUAAUGGAUGUUUUGAGAACUGAAUCUGGAACUGAAGAGACUGAAGGACUCGCUCUAAAUUUGCAAGGAUAUAACAACAGGAAUUUGAUCAGUACAGAAGCAUUUAGAAACAUGAGGGGACUGAAAUUGCUCCAACUCAAGUAUGUACGACUCGCUGGAGACUCCAACAAGCUUCCCAAAAAGUUAAGAUGGCUCUGCUUGCGAGGAUCCUCUCUGAUCACUCGAGAUGAGUUUCGGAAUGCAAGUUACCUGGUUUCUAUGGACCUGCGGUACAGCUGUCCCGUACGAGUUUGGGAGCAUUUCAGGCGGCUUUGGAACUUGGAGAUACUUAAUCUCAGUCAUUCACAGUACCUAACAAAAUCACCAGACUUUUCACAACUCCCAAAUCUACAGUAUUUGAUCCUUAAAGACUGUGUGAAUUUGCAAAAGAUUGACAGGUCCCUUGGACGUCUUUCUCAACUUGCCUUGCUAAAUCUUAAAGGCUGCACUAAGCUCAAGGACCUUCCGGAGGAUUUUUAUAUGUUGCGUUCCGUUAGGACUCUUGUUCUCUCUGGCUGUUCGAAAUUUGAGAAAUUGAGCAAGCAUAUAGGAAAAAUGGAUUCUUUGAAAACUCUUGUUAUAAGUGGCACAGCCAUAAGUGAAGUACCAUCCUCGAUAGAUGAAUUGCAAUACCUGGACUUUUCAUCUCGACAAGGCCUGAGUGGACUAAAACGAUUUACCCCGGAUGAGAUAUCAGGACCUAGCCAGGACGAGACAUCAGGACCUAGCGAGGAUGAGACAUCACGACCUAGGCAGUCGAGGCUUGCUUUUCUAUUCAGUCGAGGCUUUUUUAGAGCGCCAUAAGCAGAACUGCAGAAGCCAAUGAAGAGUAACUUAUGGGAAAAAUACCAGCUCAGCGUCUCUUUGAAAAAAUUACACUCUUAUCCAUUUCUCUCUGUGAUAUCCUACUGCGCGACAGAUCUCGCCGACUCAUCUUACUCUCAGAGUUCAGUCUGUUCUGCCAUGUCUCAUGGUUGAGAGCGCUCAAACGGUGACUAAUCACCACGCCAUUCAAAUCUCAGUAAGUUCAUCAAUCAUGGUUCUCCUGGUACAUUUUGUUUUUGAGAUUUCAAUUUUAAUUUCUUUUUGCCGAUUAAUUUGGUUUUCAUUGUGUGCUUUUGAUUUGGGAAUUUCAACAACAGAUCGUUUCAUUUGUGGGUUUGAUUUUUCAUCUUAUAAAUAGGUGAGUGGCUUCUUUCAUGUAACAGAGUUUUUCCAUUUCCAGCAAAUUUUGUAACUUUUUCUAGUGUUCAAGUGUACAUUUGAUUCGAAUUUUAGAUUUGGGAAUUCUGUGAAUUUAUUCAGCGAAAUUUGUUGCACCGAGAGGAAAUUGAUUCCAGACAGAUCCAAUACAAGUCAUUUUCUUCGUGUUAUUCUUC